UAUCCAGCGUCGUAACACAUAUGGAGGCAAAGUCUGGUGGCAACAAUCAUGGCGGAAUGUCUUCCAAUUACAGGGGCGUGAGGAAGAGGAAAUGGGGCAAAUGGGUGUCUGAGAUUCGCGAGCCAGGGACAAAGACACGGAUUUGGUUAGGAAGUUUUGAGACGGAGGAAAUGGCUGCCGCAGCUUACGAUGCUGCGGCGUUGCAUUUCCGGGGUCGAGAGGCGCGACUCAAUUUUCCAAACUUGGCAAAUUGUCUUCCCAAGCCAGCUAGUUCCAAUGCAGAAGAUAUUCGCAUGGCGGCUCGUGAGGCGGCAUUACGGGCUCGAAACAGUGGUCGUUCAACGGCGGGGGCGGCGGCUGCUGCUGAGGCAGGAAGCUCUAGCAGGAAUCAAUUCCCUGUCACAGUCAGGCUGUCCCCGACCGAAAUUCAGGCGAUUAACGACUCACCUUUGGAUUCGACAGAGAUGUGGAUGGGGGACGAGUCCAUGAUGUUUUGCAACGAUGCAGAGGAGGAAAGUGCCUGGGACGACAUGCAAAGUGACUCUCUUUGGGAUCCUUAAUUAGGGAAUUUUUUUUCCUUUAAAUGAAAUAUGGAAUAACUUAUUUUCAUUAUACGAUAUAGGAAAGGACUGAGGAGUGCUAGAUUUUAGAAGCUUGGAGAGAAGUAUAGAAAUAAACAUUAAUAAGGACU